AUGGUUUAUUAUCAUACCAUUAAGUUAGCAGGGAUUGGAGGAUAUAUUCAUCUAAAUCCUGAAGGUGUCCCUGUUAAGAGCACAUUAUCCCGAAGCUUGACCACACAGUAUGCUUUCCUGGUUACACGAUUUUUGGCCCAGGUUGACAAAUCAUCCAGGUUUUUACUGGAAGGAGAAGAACCUGUUUCCUACAGGCUCAGAAUUAACAACAACAAGGAGAUUAUUAUUAUUCCAGAUGAAGGAUACAUUAUUGUAGUAAUGUACGUUUCCCCUUUCCUUGCUCCACCAGAAAGGCUAAGACGGAAAACUAAUGAGAUUGAAGACGACAUUGAAUGAUUAUAAAUUAAUUGGAGACUAAAUAUUUAAGAUAGUACUUUAAUGAAUUGAAGAAAAUAAAUAAAUAAUGACAAUAUUGAAUAAAAUCCAAGACAUUUUGUUCAAAAGUCAGAACUAUUGAUGUGAUGUAGAUCAACAGAUUAAUUUUUUUCCAUGCAAUGGAAAACUUCAAUUGAGGGAUCAAACAGUGAAACUCAUAUUUGUAAGCGUCUACAUUGGAUAUCGAGAUUAAGUUUUCAAGAUAAACAAUUCCACACAAAAGCUCUGAUCUCAGACUGAAUAAAUUAAAGAAAAUCUUAAUUACAGUGAGAUCCUUAAAACUACCUAUGGAAUAGGAAGACGAAUGAAGCAAGCACUGUGCAGU